GUGGGGGCGCGGCCCGCGGCUGCUGCGGCAGUGGUGACGGGGGCGGCGGCCGCUUGUCUUUGGCGGGACUGGUUCCGAGACUGCGCCGCCUCUGCAGGCUGCCAUGGCUGCCGUCGACAGCUUCUACCUCUUGUACAGGGAAAUCGCCAGGUCCUGCAACUGCUACAUGGAAGCCCUGGCCCUGGUUGGCGCCUGGUACACGGCCAGGAAGAGCAUCACGGUUGUCUGUGACUUUUACAGCCUCAUCAGGCUGCAUUUCAUCCCUCGCCUGGUGAGCAGAGCCGAUCUGAUCAAGCAGUAUGGAAGAUGGGCAGUCGUGAGUGGUGCCACAGAUGGGAUUGGCAGGGCCUACGCAGAGGAGCUGGCCAGCCGCGGGCUCAACAUCGUCCUGAUCAGCCGGAACCAAGAGAAGCUGCAAACGGUCGCCAGGGACAUCGCUGACGCCUACCGCGUGGAAACAGACGUCAUCGUGGCGGACUUCAGCAGCGGCCGCGAGAUCUACGACCGGAUCCGGGAGGCCUUGAAGGACAGAGACAUUGGCAUCUUGGUGAACAACGUGGGCGUGUUCUACCCCUACCCCCAGUAUUUCACCCAGGUCUCGGAGGACACGCUCUGGGACAUCGUGAACGUGAACAUCGCCGCGGCCAGCCUGCUGGUGCGCAUAGUGUUGCCGGGGAUGGUGGAGAGGAAGAAGGGGGCCGUCGUCACCAUCUCCUCCGGCUCCUGCUGCAAGCCCACCCCCCAGCUGGCGGCGUUUUCGGCGUCCAAGGCGUAUUUAGACCACUUCAGCAGAGCCCUGCAGUAUGAAUAUGCUUCCAAAGGAAUCUUUGUCCAGAGUCUGAUCCCGUUCUACGUGGCCACCAACGUGACCACGCCUGGCAGCUUUCUGCACAAGUGCCCCUGGUUGGUGCCUUCACCAAAAGUGUACGCACAUCAUGCUGUUUCUACCCUGGGCAUUUCAAAGAGGACCACCGGGUACUGGUCCCAUUCUAUCCAGUUUCUUUUUGCACAGUAUAUGCCUGAAUGGCUCUGGGUGUGGGGAGCCAAUAUUCUCAAUCGUUCUUUACGCAAAGAGGCCUUAUCCUGCCAAGCAUGAAGCUGGAUGAUGGUUGCGAAGUUUUGCCAACUCGUGGGAGCUCGCAGUAGUCUACGUGUGGAAGAACACAUGUAAUUUAUCUUCUGUAACUUCUUUUCUUACUGAUUAUUUAAUUAUGUAGCAUACCGUUGACUCAUCAUUUGCAAAGCAAACACACAGUGCGUUUAGACUGCUGUGGAAAAGCGUCACAGGCCUCGUGGACGGCCCGGAGUAUACAACGGCCGUGGCUCCAGACCUCACGGAGGAAGGCUGGGUCUCGAUGCUGUUCCAAAGUUGUGUGAAGUCUGUCCACCUGGGAGCUACAGCCGUCUGACCUUGAAGUGUAACGUGACCCGUCGACUCUCCGCCUUUCACAUGUUGUUUCUUAAAGGGAAAUUGUCUGUUUCAGCGGGUGAAUUCUCUUCGUUUUCAAACGUUCAUCAGGAAAACCUAUUUAAAGGCGUUAUUUUCGAGGGAAGAUUUCUGCCCUCUUCAGUGGAAAUCCGUGUGUAUCACGUGUCGCGUUAGUGGUUUGGCCCUCCGCGUGUGAAAUGCCGCUCUUGCAAUGAGCUCUCAUUGGCGAACCAUACGUGUAUGUAUGUUGUGUGCAUCUGGGCAACUUUAUUUAUGAGCAGGUUACUUUUAAAAAGAGUUCUUGUCAAGAUGGCUUCAUGUGGAACCGUAAAGGGUAUGAAAAUUCCAGAUUGUUCCUUUUCAUACUAAACAAGGCAACCCAGUUUUGUGCUGUCGAUUUGCCCUGUAUAAUAUUACUGUAUUCUGUUUUUUUUUUAAACCCUCUGUGGAAUUAAUUCUUUCCUAGAUUUGGACAUGUAAUGACUGACCCGCAGUCAUCUCUUGAUUUAUAAUUACUGUGGAUACGUAGUGAUUUCUCAGCGCGUGACCCAUUUAGAGCUGAAAUUUAGCCCUUCAGAGCUUGUCAUUUCUGGUUGUCAGACACUUUUCUAUGUAAUAUUAUUGUUUCAUUCCAGUAGCAUUAUUGGUAUAAACACCCAGUAUCUGUGGAAUAGUAGUUAAACUACGGACAAAUUACGUGUGUGAUACGACGUGUUGUACAUGUUUGAAGAAUGUUAACGAGCUCAUUGUUGGUUCGUGUAAUGAAUUUCGCGUCAUAGUGACUCUUUUUUAUUGGUACGUAGAUAACUAUGCACAGCCCCCCACUGUAUGGGUUCGCACUGAAACCUACUGUGAAAUGUUUUUGGUUCAGGUCUUGGCAAGCCCGACAUUUUUGAGGACCACACACCUACGGCUUUGACAAUUGUAAAUCCCCGUACAAAUGUGACAGUGUGUGCAGAAUGUAAAAUUCAGAGCUUCGCGUAGUGACACUGAUGUAGGAACUGGUAAACGGAAAUCGGGACGCUCGCGGAACUCUCUUCUCCCUCAGAUCACGUUCCGUCACGAGUCGGCCUAAGCACGCUUUCAUGUCAGGCCCACAGUUUUGCCAGUGGCAUGGCCUUAGUGUUUCCAGAUCUGGCUUGGACUCGAGACCAGUGCCUAACUUCAGAAGCUCUUCUUCACUUACAGAUCAGGCCUUCAUCAUCGAAGAGGAAGGACCUCAGGCGGAAAACUUAACUUGUUAGUGGCCCCGCGUGGAACUGGCCGUCUUGAUGGAGCUGGCUUGGAGGUCCUCUGUCAUAGUGGCAUUUCCCCACCCGACGGUGAGUUUAUGGUCAUUAAGGCUAGAGAAAAUUUCAUUUCAAGCCACAUUGACUUGAACUUUAAUCGACGUGUGCUAAGCAGCAGCGACCUGAUGUAGAAAUGCCAUCUUACCGCUAAGUGUCGUGUGGUACAGCUGUGUCUCACAUUUAUAGAUUAGGUGUUGGAGCAUUGUUAUGAGGCUAAACCAUGUCAGUGAUGUUUUGAAAUUCUUUGCUUGGCAGAAUGUGUGUAAAUAUGCUGAUUGGUGCAAAGUUCAUGAAGGGUCAAAGGCAAGGCUCCUCCUUAGGUUUUACCUUUCCCAGAGCUCACUGAGGAGUCAUCAUUGGACCAUUGGAGGUGGGGAUUGCCUUGUUAAGACAGAGGGAAAUUCGAACCUUUGAAACAAUCUGUGACCUGGAAAUUUAACAAUAAAAGCAGAUGCUUUGCUUCUUUUGAAA